GCCAUCUCGGACCUGUGUGUACCCGUACGGUGCACGGGUCAAACAAAAUGGCGAAUCUCACCGGAGGGAUUCCCCUCAGUAAGGUCAGCCCAAAUUUUCUUCAUGCCAACUCUACCAGUCACACAUGGCCAUUCAGUGCCAUGGCCGAGUUAAUAGACAACGCCUAUGAUCCUGACGUGAAUGCGUCCGAGUUGUGGAUUGACAAGGUAGAAGUCGGUGGUCUUCAGUGUAUGACAUUUGCUGACAAUGGAAAUGGACUCGAUGAAGACAAGCUGCUCAAAAUGCUCAGUUUUGGAUUCUGUGAAAAAGAUGUUUAUGAAAAAUCGAAUCAUAAACCUAUUGGGCAUUAUGGCAAUGGCUUCAAGUCUGGUUCGAUGCGUCUUGGCCAGGACGCGCUCGUCUUCACCCGACAUGUCCACACCACUAGUGUUGGGAUGCUAUCCCAGACCUAUCUGCAAAAGACAGGCUGUGAGACAGUCAUGGUGCCCAUCAUCACCUGGGAACUACCUUCCAAUAAAAAGAUUCACUCUGGCACCUCACAAAACAACCUGGCAGCCAUCAUGAAGUACUCCCCAUUCACCACCGAGUCCAGUCUCCUCACGGAACUCCUCAGUCUUGAGAGGCUCAAGACCGGAACCAAAAUUUUCAUCUUUAACUUGAAACGCUCCAAGUCUGGAAGCCCUGAGCUGGACUUCGAGAGUGACCCGUUGGACAUUCGUAACCCCGAGACACUAGCCAUGGACAUGACCACCGUAUACAGGCCCAUGCAGGAAUCCACACCAGAGUUCAAAAGCUCUCUCAGGGAAUAUUGCAGUAUCCUGUUCCUGAAACCUCGUAUGAAGAUUGUACUCCGUGGACAGAAAGUGAAAACCAAACUUAUUUCCAAGAGUUUGUCUCACACAGAAAUUGAUCUCUACAAGCCGGGGUGGCUCGGUCGUCCUCUGAAGAUAGUUUUUGGAUUCACCUGCUCCAAAGAUGCCCGUAGUGAGAACUAUGGACUUAUGAUGUACCACAAGAACAGGCUGAUCAAGGCGUACGAGAAAGUGGGCUAUCAGAGACAGCGCAAUAAUUUGGGCGAGGGAGUAGUGGGUGUGGUCCAGGUGGAUUUCCUGCAGCCCAUCCACAACAAGCAAGACUUCAACAAGGAUGAGAAGUACAACUCUUUCAUGACUUCUAUAGCUCAGAAGUUGAAUGAUUACUGGAAUGAGAAGAAGUGCGGAGGCAGUCGGGUCCAGGUGGCGCCAGCAGGGAAUCUCCCCGAUUGGCUGUGGGCUCAGUGUGAAAACUGUCUCAAGUGGCGCCGUCUUCCUGAUGGUGUCCGACAGACAGGACUCCCUGACAGAUGGUUCUGUCAUAUGAACCCAGACGCAUCUCACAAUCGGUGUGAUGUGGAGGAGGAGCCCGAGGAUGAGGAUGAAGCGUUAAACAGGCCGACUUACGAGAAGACAUACAAGAAACAGCAGGAAGAGAAGAGGAAACUGUGCAAGAUGGAGGAGCAACAACGUCGGAUACAGAAAGAGAGAGAACUACAGGACCGAGAGGUGGCAAUUCAACGAACAUUACAGCGUAUUAAUCAAGGAGAGGUGACAAGUUCGAAGAAUCAGAUGCGGAAGGACGUGGUUAACCUGGAGAAGGCUCUGAUCGAGUCGAAGAAGCGUGAGGCGCUGCAGAAGCGGCUGAUCCUGCAACUCCAAGAGCAGAAGAAGCAGCAGGAGCAGCAGAAGGGGGAGCUGCUGAAGGCUGCCGAGAACCUCCGCGUCGUCAACAUGGAGAACAACAACCUUCUAGAGAAAGCAGAAAAUCUGGCAGGGAAUUCACCCGUGUCAUCCACAAGCGGCAACAACAAAAACCAGAACAUGUGUUUCAAGACGGAGGAUGGAGAGGUGAUCAAUAUUGUGGAAAACGACGACCCUGCAAAUCCUCAGGAAAAACAACGCAACACUGGAAAGCGAAAACCCGCGACCGAACUGAUUGACCUGACCCUGGAGGACGAGGACAUGCUGACAUCAUCCCCAACACCUAGCAAGAUGUUCCGUACUGAUGACAUCAAACCGGACAAAGAUGAACUGGAUGAGCAGCUACUACAGAACAGUGAUGGGGCAGAGGCAGGUGGCCCCAAGUCACCGGUCCAAGAAAGGAAAGGAACAGAGGGCACAAAAGAGAAAAGUAAAGACGUAAAACCAAGUAUAGAAGAGUUGGACCAAGAGAUAGAUGUGUUGAGGAAAGCCAACAGUGAUUCCAAGAAGCAGAGGAAAAUGACUGUGAGCAGUAACCUGUAUUCAAAAUCAAAAGAAAAACAGAUUGCUCCUCGGAAAGAGAAGGACAAGGAUGCAUUGUGCGAUUCUGAAACUAAGCAGAGGUAUGAGGAACUGAAAAAGAUGUAUUCUGCUAAAUGUACAGAGGUGACACAGACUAUGGAGGAGCUGAAGGCUUUACAAGACAAUGUGCACAGGCUUCUGAGGAUUAUAGUGCCAGAUGUGGAAUUAGGGGAUGCCAAAGACAUUCGUUACAUCGUGGAGGAGAUGAUCAGGGUUAACUCAGAUGAAUCGCUGUUGAAUGCAGCGUCAGCCACGUGAUGGAGGGGGGGUCUGUUCUUCCUCCUAUGUGUCAUAUACGUGUAGCAUUGUUUUAUUUUUUUAAAUGACUUGUGAUGUGAUGGACAGUGAACUGUCACAGAAUUGAAUCUGUUGUGUAUAAUUACAUUGGACAGACAGAGGUCAUGGGGUCACUUCCUGUUUGUAACAAGCUACUCAACUGAUGUGCAAAGAAAUUUGUUUUAUAUUUUCAUAUCAAAGUUUCCAGCCACUGAAAAUCUCCAGCACAGGGACCACAUUUUCCAAGCAGUUGGAUCUUAAAUGUCAUUUAAUGAUUCAUUAUUUUAGAGAGCCCAGGACUUAUUUGCUAAGAUUAGUAAGUUUCGGAUGGACUAGUCAGCCGUCACAGAGAUUGGACACAUGCAUUCAGAAGAAUAAAAUGAUUUCUGAUGAAAUUCAUAUGAUUACUGUACUUCUCAUGGAAGUUGUUGCAUUCUGUUGCAGCCUGUAACUGUGACGGAGUAGUGGCCUUGUCAGAUAUCUGUGUAUUUAUAAACAGGAUCAGCUAAAACCAAAGCUGCAAGACAACUUUGGCAUGAUGACAAUGUUUUCCCACAGACUGCUUUUGAUAAUUAUCUUUUUCUGAUGAGUUAAUGAUAAUUAUCUUUUUCUGAUGAGUUAAUGAUAAUUAUCUUUUUCUGAUGAGUUAAUGAUAAUUAUCUUUUAGUGAUGAGUUAAUGAUAAUUAUCUUUUUCUGAUGAGUUAAUGGUAAUUAUCUUUUUCUGAUGAGUUAAGAAAUUGUGGGUCUUGUUUAUACUUCAGUUACAAAGCUGAAGGGCAUACUCCAAUAAAUACUGAAUGGUAGAAUAAUAAUGUAAUGUUAUUAUGUAUGGACAGAAUAUAAGUGGAUUCUGCAAUCAGGGCAUCAUUGAAUAUCAGUAUCAGAACUUCUUUGUCUUAUGUUGUUUUUGAAACUCUGUAUAAAGGUUAUGUUAGACAUAAUAAUUUGAUGUAGGCAGCUGGUGUUACUCCUUCUCCAAGCUGGAGAAUGACAUCUGUAGUAUAUGUGACAUUUAGCUGGUGAAGUUUAACAAUGGUGAACUGCCUAAACUCAAAGGGCAAUUACUGCAGAACUUAUCUGGAAGAGGUACUUGCUACUCCCCAACAGUGUCACAGUGUGACAGAACUUAUCAGCAAGCAGUACAUGUUUUUCCCCGACAGUGUUACAGUGUUACAGAACUUAUCAGCAACAGGUACAUGUUAUUCCCCGACAGUGUUACAGUGUGACAGAACUUAUCAGCAGGAGGCACAUGUUAUUCCCCGACAGUGUUACAGUGUAACAUAACUUAUCAGCAAGUGGUACAUGCUAUUCGCCGACAGUGUUACAGAACUUAUCAGCAGGAGGCGCAUGUUAUUCCCCUAUAGUGUUACAGUGUAACAUAACUUAUCAGCAACAGGUACGUGCUAUUCCCCGACAGUGUUACAGAACUUAUCAGCAAGAGGUACAUGCUAUUUCCUAAGCAUGUUACAGUGUUACAAAACUUAUCAGCAACAGGUACAUGCUAGUCCCAGACAGUGUUACAGAACUUAUCAGCAAGAGGUACAUGCUAUUUCCUAAGCGUGUUACAGUGUUACAAAACUUAUCAGCAACAGGUACAUGCUAGUCCCAGACAGUGUUACAGAACUUAUCAGCAGGAGUUACAUGCUACUCCCCGACAGUGUGACAGUGUUACAGAGCUCAUCAGCAAGAGGUACGUGCUACUCCCAGACAGUGUAUCGAUAUGUAAGUUCCAGUCAAGUGGGUCACAUUGUCAAGUAGAAUUAUCAAGUUUUGGAUUUUCAUGGUUACAAAGUCCAUCUUGAUAUUGUAAUCCAAUUUCCUUUGUAUCUGUCCAUAUGUGUGAGGUUGUUGUCCUCAGGAGUCCGGUAUAACGACAGGAAUUGUAUCAGGACGAUUAAUUAACUAUAAAUUCUCAGGUAAUUACAACUAUAGAGAAGCGAUACAAUGCCGGGGUGGGGUUGUGAUUGAGGUAGGACUACUUCAUCAUGUUUAUCUUGUAGUUCAUGAAGUAGUUGAUGACAGGGGAAGCUCCAGGUUUUAUUGGGGCGGUCGGGUAGCCUAGGGGGUAAAGUGUUCGCUCGUCAUGUUCAAUACCUGACAUGGGGACAAUGUGUGAAGCUCACUCCAGACUUUUUAGCUCUGCCCAAUUUGAAAUAUAUAUAAACAAACUUUCUACUUCCUUUUGCUGAAUGCUGAAAUUUAAGAUCAAUAUGAUUCUUCCAAGAAGAGAUUAUGUGCAGUUUGUGAUUCUUUGAAAGGAGAGGUAGGACAAGGUCCCUGUUUGGCCCUCUGGAAAUGUUGAAUUUUGAAAAUGUUUGUUUGAAAUUAUUGGACAUGAAAUUAAGUAUGAGCAAGUAUGUCGCCCAAGAUGAAUGUUUUACCAUAGUUUUUACUGUUUUUAUCAACAGCGGGUGGCCAUUUUAUUACGUACAAAAAUGGCUGGAUACGUGAGAAUAAAUUUUGAUAUGAUGUUUUUUACCUCAAUAUUUGGUUAUUUGACCCUUGUUCCUCAAUAUUUUAAAUAUGCUCUUUGGAAUUCCUAGUGUAGGCAAAGGGAUGUUUUCCCAGAUUUCUUGGAUCAGAUGCUCAUGGCUGACCAGCCAUGUGACAAGUGUGGUGGCAAUAAACGACUUGUUAUCGAACGGAAUAAUAUUUUGUAAGUGUAUAUGUUUUUUGCAAUUUACAUUUCCCGCUAGUGUGUGUAAUGAUAUGGCCACCCACUGUACUUCUUCUUUGAAAAUGUUCUUCCUGAAAACCUAUAAAAUCCACCUGUUUCACAUGUUGUCCUUUAAUGCCUAUGCAUUUAAUCAUGUCAUCAGUUCCAGUCAUACAAUUGUUAAAAUGAACAAAAUUUAGUUCUUAUUCAUUUAUUGAAUACGUCUGACAACUUUCAUGGCAAUUUCUAAUAUAUAGCAUUGUGCAAAAAAAUCCGGAAAUUUUCAGACAUAUAUUUCAAAGAAAUACAUCAUAUAUUCAUGUUAAUACGAUAAACUGUGUAAGGGUCCAUUCUUUCGCGAACACAAUAUUAAUAUUCUGUAAGGGUACCCUGUCUGUCGAUACACCUGUUUGUACGCCUUGUUAUACUGUAUAUUAAUGAGUAUGGUAGAUUUGGGUAGAUUCAACCAUGUCUCAGUGAUUGUCCUCUCCAUCGCCCAUGAUUUCCAGGCUGCCACUCCUCAUCAGUGUCAGCUAUGAGCUGUCAGACAUUUACAAGGUGAUUACGUGAAGUGGCAAGAAAAUCCAUCAUGACAACGUGGUUAUCUGUAGACAAGCGUUUUGUGAACACUAACGUGUGGGGUUGGGCGUUGUCCUGCUGUAGCACACAUGGAAUGUUGCUUAGUCCCUUGGCAAAUUCUUUGAGGCCUUCCUGAAGAAUGUGACAAUGUUAACGUUUCCCUCCACAAAGAUCUGGGUGCCGUUGUACAUAAUCUCAGAGCUACAACUAUCGUAAGUCUAUAUGAUGAAGGUAUGGGUGUUAUGAUUACCUUAGCGCUAAGAUCAUUUUGUACAACUGCACUGAGGGGUGCAACUCUUAUCAUGGCGAUACAUCCCCACACUGUCAGAUGCAGUGAACACUUCGGAACCGUUUUCACGGAUAUCCAUCCUCUGGACCAUCUGAUUUUUAUGUUCUGUGGAACUGACUCAACUCUAAAAAAUCUGACUCAUCUGGAAAAAUCACAUUAACAAACCUUACCUGUACACCAGGCUAGGCAUUUCUCCAUAUGUUAUUAGAGGGGUUUUCCAUGAAACUGAUUUCCAGUAGCCAAUAUCGGGUAGAGUUCUACACGCUACCUCUGAUGCUUAAGGACCCCCUCUUCUCCCAAAAUCCAAACCAAGUUUAGUGGACUCAUCAGAUGAAUGAGGGCAACUUGAGCAACAUGUCGUCUGUUGUUAGCGUCAUAAAUGGACCAAACUGAUAGGAUGCACCACUGCCUGAACCUUAUGCUUUUAGAUUAUCGUACAUUGUAGAGAGAGGCAUGCCGGUCAUAUAAUGCAACUGGCUUGCAGUUUUCUACCAUUUGUGCGGAGAUAAAAGAGUUUCUUUUGUCAAGCUCUGACAUGUUCUCAGAUCUGAGAAGCUAUUGUUUGCUUAUGCAUCAUCACAUGACUAGCCCUAAGAACAUGGGAGAUAACUCUGCAGAUGAGCAUGUACAUACAUAUUUUCCUGAUCAAAUCACUGUUAUCCCAGAAUACCUGUCUUUUAAAAGUAUAUCAUUUGUCCAAGUUUUAGGGGGG